AUGCAAGGAAACUCAACCCGUGCUCUCGCCGAUGCGAAAUGGAUGAUCGAGUAUGCGGCCUGGGUCAACAGCGGGAUACUUGCGAAAAGCUCUUAUAAACUCCUGCAAAGAGGAAGCUACCCAAAAAACCGAGAUCCGAAUCGAUCCUUUGGAGAAACUUCCAACCGAGAUCACAAACAGGAUUAUCGAAUUGCUACUAAAAAGACCAAAGGUCUCACGUCUACCUGGGUCAAAGUGUGGCGUGAACAAAAGACCAAUUAUGUCAAUAUCUGGAAGAUUUUAUCUGUUGAUGACACUGAACUACCUGACGAAGCCCACUAUAUUGCUCCCCACGUGAAAUACCUGACAUUUAAUACCCCAAAGACGAAAGUACGCGCCAAAUACUUGCAGGCUCUGAAACUGCAGCGUUUCAGCAAAAUUCGUUCAGUAGUAAUGACAGAUGACUGA